AUGAGCCCGCAAAGGCAAAGGAUUGAUCGAACAUACCUCUCUGUACCCGGGCGUGCAACUGUUGCCUUCUUGAGCUAUGGCGGACUUGCGGUAAGUGUUCUGGAGAAAUACUUCUUACAUUUUCUUGACUCAAGUCUCUUCCAUGUAAAUCAAAUGCUCUUUUCCUGGACAACAAGAUGGUGGUCCAAAGAUACAAUUGCGGUGGUGACUGGGAGCAACAAGGGGCUCGGAUUUGCCAUUGUUCAAGGCCUGGCACUCAAGGGAGUGACUACAAUCCUGACAUCCAGAGACGAGCAAAGGGGAUUGGCGGCUCUAAAUUCUCUCAAGAAGGAUCAAAAGAUCAAUCCGGAAACGCUUCACUUCCAUGUCUUGGACGCUCUUCGAAACCAAGCCGUGGUACAUAAGAUUUCUAACAUUGACAAGCUCUCAGUCGAAACUUUGGACGAAGUGGCAGAGGAGUUCAUCGAGGACGUGGAGCAUGGCCAACUUAGAGAAAAAGGGUGGUCUGGGAUCUUUGGAGCAUACGACUAUUGCGUAUCUAAACUCCUUAUCAAUGCUUACUCAAGAGCGAUGGCAUGGAAUCUCCCCAAACAAGGUCGUAAAAUCUUUGUGAAUUGCAUGUGUCCAGGGCUGACGAGCACUGAUAUGUUGAGGAAUAAUGGUCAUUCGCCUCAAGCCGGGGCUGAAACAGCUAUUUGGCUGGCAUUUACAACAGGGAGGUUUUUCUCCAACAAACAAGAUGUUGGUUUUGAUCACAUCCCACUCUACUUGGAGAAAGGUACUUCUUCAGUGCUUCUGGAUGAGUUCAAUGAAUGUAGCAGAACAGCCAUGCCUCCGUUGCAUCCAGUGUUUCUCGAAAUGUAUUAA